UAUUAUUGCAGUCACGUAGCCAAGUGAGUGUUUCACUUAAACAGAAAACUCAGAACUCAUUGGUCUUGCUCUCUCUCUCUCUCUCUCUCCAUGAUCAUGGCUAGCUUUCUGCAUUCAUCUCCAGUGACCGUCCUCGUCGUGAUUGGUUUUGUCAAUGCGAUGAUGGGAACUUUCCUAUGCCCGUUUGCGGAGGCAGCUCGAGCGUUCUUCGUAUUUGGCGACUCACUCGUCGACAAUGGCAACAACAACUACUUGGCGACCACUGCCCGUGCAGACUCCCCCCCCUACGGAAUUGAUUACCCCAGUGGCCAGCCCACCGGCCGGUUCUCUAAUGGGUUCAAUAUUCCGGACUUCAUCAGUCAGGAAUUAGGUUCGGUGUCGACAUUGCCGUACCUGAGUCCCGAGCUCACAGGAGAGAAGUUACUAGUAGGCGCUAAUUUUGCUUCUGCUGGAAUUGGAAUUCUCAAUGACACUGGAGUACAAUUCAUAAACAUUAUAAGGAUGUACAGGCAAUUGCAGUACUUUGAGGAAUACCAGCAGAAAGUGAGUGCUCUGGUAGGAGCUCAGAGAACUCAACUGCUGGUGAACCAAGCGCUUGUGCUCAUCACCGUCGGAGGGAACGACUUCGUGAACAACUACUUCCUGGUGCCUUUCUCGGCCCGGUCACGCCAAUUUGCGAUACCCGACUACGUCAAGUACCUCAUCACUGAGUACCGGAAACUCCUCGAGAAGCUACAUGAGCUCGGGGCGAGGAGGGUGCUAGUGACGGGGACAGGGCCACUUGGGUGUGUCCCGGCGGAGUUGGCAAUGCGGGGCAGCAACGGGCAGUGCGCGCCGGAGCUCCAGCAGGCCGCUUCGCUCUUCAACCCUCAGCUUGUCCAAAUGCUCAAAGGGCUCAACCGGGAGUACGGCUCUAACGUGUUCAUAGCCGCCAACACUGACCUCAUGCAUCGUGACUUCAUCAACGACCCUCAGGCUUAUGGGUUUGUGACAUCAAAAGUGGCAUGCUGUGGCCAAGGGCCUUACAAUGGGAUCGGGCUAUGCACCGCGGCAUCGAACUUGUGCCCUAAUCGAGACCAGUAUGCAUUCUGGGAUCCAUUUCACCCGUCACAGAAGGCGAACGGAUUCAUCGUCCAAUCCAUCAUGAAGGGGUCCACCAAGUACAUGUACCCCAUGAACCUCAGCACCAUCCUGGCCCUUGAUUCUCAUCUGGUCUGAAGAAAUUAAUCAAUUCAAAGUUGUCUGAGAGGCUUUUGUUUUGGUUUUAAUCGUUUUCUUGAUACAAAGCUUUGUCUUAUGGUCUGUCUGAAGUUUUCGAGGAGGACUUGUGCAAUUCCCACGAUUGAUGAAUGGGUCCUCACAAAGUGUUCUCAAUCUCUAUGUAUGAACUGUUGGUUAUAUGUCCUCA